UUUUUUCACACCAAGGAUUAUACAGAAGCUGUCUGUUCAGGCACAUUAAUUUCUUUCAUGAUUCUUGGGAGGUUGCCCGAUUGCUGUUCAAAGUCUUAUCGAGUUCAGAAGGCCCAAGCUGGAAUUGACACCCAAGCAGUUUACCACCACAUCUUUAAGCUUAUCAGUCACAGUUCUCUCCGAACUAACAUACGCAGCUGGCGGUUUAUAACCUCCUAAUCCAAUAUUUUAAGUUUUGAGUAUUUAGAAAUGGAAGCACUUAUCUGUUCAUUCUCAAUGAUGGAGGCAAAUUCUGAUGAACCUGCUGAAUUCUGAAGGAUGUAUACCUUAACCCUUUGUUUCCAAUUAUACCUCCUGUCUUAAGACUUUAUCAAUAAACUUAAUAACUGAAUCUUCAAAUCUGAUCCAUUUAAAAGUACACCAAAUGCAUUUAAAACAAACUAAUUACAGUAUAGCACAGAUUUCUAUAUAUUUCUGGCUGAUGUAAAUGGAUAUUUGAUAUUCCUAUAGUGUCCUAUUUUGACAUUACAAUCAUCGAAGUGUGCUAUUCUUUCCACAUAUAUCACCGAUGCAACAGGUGUGCUAUGAAAAUAUUUGUUUUCAUUAAAUUUGCUGCAGGUAUACUGUUGGUAAUAUCAUCGAACCGACAGGUUGCAGGUAUGAAGGACACGUAUUGGAUCAUCCUUUUCUCGUUUUCAAUCGCCGUUGGCCAAAACAGUGCCCGAGGAUUGGAUUUUCAGUACAGCUCUUCGGGUGACGAGCCAUGUGUACACGUUAUUCUGGAUGCCUCCAUUACUUUGAACUUGAAAAACGACACAAAAACUCAUGACUUACCUCUACGUGAUGCACGUGUGUCCUCCGGAACCUGUAAAUCGGAUAGGUCGGAGCUGCAUGUUUUACUCCACAAAUUAAAUUCUCUUAACUUCCUCUUUAGAAAAGCCAGUGAUGGGCAAGUGUCCGUUUCCUUCAAAAUAGUGUACCAAAGAGAAGGUAAAACUGCCCUCAUUUUGGAGAGUGACUAUUCGCCAAUCUCCAAAUCGGAUGAAGUUUACAGGUGCGAGACUACAGAUGCCGUCCUUCUUCACGACGACUCUGGUCAAAACAUCGGCUCACUGUUCAUUUCUAACGUCACGAUGCAGGCUUUUGGCAUUCAGAAAGGCAAUUUUUCGGAGAAAGUCAACACAUGUGCGAUAGACAACACCAAUUCUACAUUGCACCCCCUUAGUCUCGAUCAGAACGAAGACAUGACGAAUGAUGUCACUGAGUUUGAGUUGAGGGAUGGUGGAGGUAACGUUUGUACCCGACUGAGUGGUGAGCUAAAACUGCGAUACCGGUACGAGAAGAAGGACGGAAACAUGACAACUGUACAACUCUCGGUUCCUAAGACUGCUUUGGUGAGUGGACAUUGUGACAAGGAGAGAGUUUACCUGGUGUUGCGAUAUAAGGAGGGGGGCAGCGACAGAGUCAUCGUCUUCUAUUUCAGUCAACAUCAAAAUCGUACAACUUUGGACAACAUCGAAACCAUCAUAAAAAUCGAUUCAGUCAAAUUUCCAGGCGCCAAGUUUGCCAACGCUGUACUCCGGUCUUACGCGAGGAUCGGCGCACAGCUCGGAUUAGAAAAUGAAUUCUUUGGAUGUCAACACCAGAAGCAAUUCUUGGGAACCAAUUUUAUUCUGAAAACAAGACAUCUAAAAAUCCAAACUUCAAGUACUGGUGUACCCGAGAAGUUUUCCACAGCAAGAGUUGGAUGUCCCGAGGACGAUGUGAAAAUGACGGACACGCAGCUGUUUUCGUUGAAGGACGGGAACAAGACAUGUUUACUCCUGUCUGGGGCCUUCCAAAUGUCCAUACCCUUCAUCUCCCGUCAAAAGAAGAGCGUGACACAGCGAGUUAAUGUCCCUUUCUCCACGUCUAUUGAUACGUCUGGGAACUGUAGUUCUCAACACCAACAGGAGAUGACGCUGUCUUUCUAUACCGACUGGAAGUUAAGGUUCGUAUUUGUGUCCACGUCUGCCAGUGGAGCGACUCCCGUGACUAAAAUCAUCGGUUACACUCUCAGCAACAUCACGCUUGUAUAUGUCAGAUCUCCUCUGAUAUUCUACAACCCUGAAGAAAAAUCGACAGGCAAGAUUAUUUCCACCUCCAGUUCAAAAUUUGACACCCCGUUAAGGGCCACGUCCAUGGGGAAUUACAAAUGUGACGAUACCAUCGUGGGAACCAUGACAGAUGGAGGUAAACUAAAGAUUCACAGUUUACGAUUCCAGGCUUUCCACCAAAGCCAAUCCAACGAGUUUUCAGGAGAUGUUAGUACGUGCAACUCACCCGCUAAACAGGAGAAACGUUACGCCAUCUACAUCAUCAUUGCUCUGGUUGUAGCCGCAGUGAUCGCUGUCGUUAUCAUCGCUUUUGUCGUUGCUACAAAGAGGAAUCAACGAAGCACCUAUCAACAUAUGGAUUAAGAACUGCAAAGCAACAUGAUAUUAUAUAAGAGGGACAACUGGGAAUUUGAAUUUUCUUAUAGAAUUACGUUAAUCCGCUGUCGGACUGUUAGGAAACUUAUAUACAUCAUUUUCCACGAAAAGUAUUACCAUUGUGUGAAGGGGGUUCAUUUUUUCUUCUUGUUCUUCAAACGUAGAACUAGUUCUUUAAUUAAGGAGGAAAGUGUCGAGUUAGUGAUGCCAUUCUUUAAAAUGUACUUCUCCAGAGCUUUCUUGGUCAGAAAUAAUAACAUUUACAAAACACAGAAAGUUGGUUUAUAGAUUAAUGUCUGCACGCAGACACUUACUAUAACUGGAGUGGGGAAACACUUCAUAGCUCCACGAGACAGUUAGUUAAUAGAUUAAUGUCGACACACAAACACUGGAUUCGGGAAACUCUUCAUAGCUCCAGAAGACAGUUGGUUAAUAGAUUAAAGUAGACAAGGUCAUGCACACAGAAUCAUAUAACGACAAGCUAACUCCGAUGAAAGACGCCAUACUCUAAAGCGGGAAAAAAUGUUCACGCAUUCUAACCAUAAACGGGUUUUCCAGAGUUAUGAAAUUAUUGAUAAAUGGAACUCAAAACUUUAAACUAAUACAAAUACGUCCACAAUUGCAGGUGGUUGCUCAUCGCAAAGUAAAAGGAAAUUAAACCCUAACGGUCUUUUUCCCGGUUUAUAGCAGGUCAUUUUACGAUGGAUUUAAUUCUCCUUCCUCUGUUGGAAGCAAAACCAAAGUUUUGUUCUCUAUUUUAGUCACAUUCGUGCCUUGCCAUUUAUUUUAAUCAGAAUUGUAUGUGCACGUGUAUAAAUUCACUCGAGCAAAAGUUUUUAUAAUGCAAUACUGUCUACUAAUAAGCUCACGAAAUCUCUUAAGACAGAAUUUGACGAUAAUGAAAUAAAGCCUAUGUUGCAGUCUUUAUUUCAAGUUUCGUUUAUAUCUUGAACUAAUCAGGAUGUGAUUUCUACUAUUUAUUGCGUGAAUACUACAUUUGGCUUGCGGAAGAAAAGGUGAGCUUUCAAUGUCGAAACUUCACCUUCUAUAAAUCAUCUUCAACCAUUUUGGGAUUCUACAACAUAAAACAUGCUGGGCUAAUGUUUUUCCAUUAGUGGUUAGUAAUUUUUAAUUUAGAUAUUUUAAAAUGAGUAAUUUUCAUGGGGUUUAAUUUUCGUUGUGUGGAUUUAUCCGCGAAUUUAAACAAUCCACAACAGAUACUGAAAUAAUUGGAGAAUAAUUUUUUCUAAAAACACAAAGUUUCGGCCCCAGGAAAAAGAAUGUUUUCAUAGGUUUAUUUUCAAGUGGUGUUUAUUUUCUCUCAGUAAGCAUUCCUAAAAGUAAUAAAUAUUUAUGGAGUAA